CUGUGAAUUCCAGGCAAAGUGGAAAAUGGACACGGUGAUGGCACCAGAACCUCUUUGCUGGCAAGCAGAGACCCCCUUUGUGAAGCAGGGGCAGAUCUGGGUUGUCAGGACUUACCAACUGAACUUGUUUGUGGGGCUGGCAGGACUCUGUCCCAGUGAUGGAGAUGUUGAAUGGUCCUGUGGCUCAGCCAGUUUUACACAGGCUUUUUCCCAACUUCAAGCCAUGUGGUUUAGAAGCCAAGAUGGCCAGAAACACAGAGCAUCUUUGAGUUACAACACUGUGAUCUCACACUGCUCCAGACAGGUUUUUCUGACCCUUUACCAUCAGAAGACAAAUAACAACACAGGAGCAAUGAAACCUCCUCCCGACUUUCCUGGAGAUGAAGUCACAACCACGCUUUACAGGUCCUGGCAUCCCUUUCUCAUGGCUGCAGAGCAGAAGGGCACAUACCCAGGAGGUCAGAGAGGAGGAGACAGGAUGUCUACACGUGCACCUCGUGCCAUGCUGUGUGUGAACUGGCUGCUCUCGUUUAACCACUCUGCCCAAGGACCUCUUCACCCAGGAUUUCCAGACCACAGCAUGGGGCACAUCAUGUUUGCCAACCUUUCCUUUUGGCUGUUAAUGCCUUUUGGUUCCCCACCUAUCAGGAUGAGUGCCAAGUACCAGCUCCCAGUGAGCAUCUUUUAGUUUGCUGGGUGCUGGUCACACUCUGAUCAGAUUAUGCAGCAGAAAUUAAACUGAAUGAAUUUUAUUAAUAUAGGUAAUAAAAUCCUGGAGCAUUAUGGUUGCUAUGCUUAUCAGUCAUCUGAAAUUUCCAGCCUUAAAAAGCGUGAGAAGUUUUGCCUCAUUUUCUGUGUCACCAAAAACCUACAAAGCAAGUAUUUUUUUGUGGGGCUAUUUAGAGAAUAUCGUGGGCUGUUUUGUAGGAGAUUUCAAGCCAACUGUCUUGAUAUUUUUAAUUUACUGGCUGGGACAAGAACAAUGUACAGAAUCCCAUGAUUAAAUUAAUUUACUACUACUUUUUUAAACACCAAUAUUGCAGUUUGCUAGUUCUGCAUCACAGGCUAUAGAGAGCUGGCCUCUAUUUAUAACCAUGUGGCUGAGGAGAGUUACCUUUCCCGUGAAGAAGUUUCCCAAACCUUCAAGUUAUCAUUGUUACAGUGAAGUAAACUGCAUAGUGAACCUGGGGGCUUUUCCCACCCCCUUAGGGGUGGAAGGUGAAGGUUAUAUGACUGUAAUUAUCCACACCACACAAAACCAGGAAAUAAAGUGGGAGAUCAAGCACAGCAUCUAGUCAGAGCAAAGUUUCUACUGACCAAAACCGACAGAGAUGGUAUCCCGGGUCUUGCUCCUUCCCACAUGAUAUUCUCAGAGCCCCAAGAGAGACAAAGUGCCAGGCUGGAAGCAACAGAGGAAGAAAAGGGAAUGUGGGGGAUAGUCCCUGCCAGACAGGAUGCUGCUGCUUUGCAGAAAGGUGAAGGUCAGGUGCUGUUGACUACAGAUGGGAUUUUUACCUCAAGAAAAACUUACUUUCCUCCAAAAUGAAAUCGGGGUUCCCAGAAUAAAUAGAAUAACAAAGCCCAUGAUUUUCCACUUUCCUUGUUGGUAUGUUCCUCAUGUGAAACAAAGAGCACACAUUGUGAGGGAAAAUAGCUCUUCCUUUGUUCCAUGGAGAAAUGCAGUAACCUUCCAUAGAUAAACAAUUGAGCAAAAGUCUGUGAAGGGGCAGGAAGGGGGGGGGAAGAUUAUUUACAGAUAAAAGACAUUUUCUCAUAAAUGAGCAAGGUUCAGCUCUAACUCAAGGGCUUCAGUAACCAGUUCAGAAAAGGUUUCUUAACAGCAACCAUUCAAAUACAGUUUACCAUGUAUCUCCUAUUGGCUCCUAUUGGCUUUCAGCUUAGAAGGGUAGCAUUUCUGUAGAAAUACCUUAUGAGCUCCAUAUAUUGUCAGUAUAACCAAUGAAAUUUUAAUAUAAAGUGCUCGGUGGUGCUGCUGCUAAAAGUGUAGCUAUAAACCAUUUGGUUUCUAGUA